AUGGGAUCGCACACCAAUUCGCCCAGUCUUCUGUCUCCGCGCAGACGCCUUCGUGGUUACCGGAGUUUGAGUACAAAUUGGGAGGAAUCAUCGGAUGUGAACAAUCAUUCCGUGCUAUCCGGUCGCUUGCGUACUUCGAGAAAUACAAUUCAGUGCGCCACGAGCCUACUGUAUGAUAUUGUGAGCCCGAAAUGUUCCCCAUUGGUUCGACGUGUGCAUAUGUCCCGACUGCGUCAGCUUUUGAGCAGUCGUGAUGCCCCAGUGGUGAUCGGCGAUCAGAGUGUGCUACAGGAACCUAGUGUGACAUUGAAUCGAUCCUCCUCCACUUCCUCUUUGGAAUCCUUAGAUUCGACAAAUCGUCCGAACGGAAUGCAAAAUCUGAUCAGUAAAGCCCCGGCUAAUACCCGGACGCUUCCUCCACGAUCCUCAAUUCCUGCGAUUCAUGGUACUGUUUCUAACCGCGGUAAUUUUGAUAGUACUAAACAUGUGCAACAUGCGUUUGUACGGAACUUGUUUCACAGAGCUUUCAAAGGAAACCGAAGAAAGGACAGGGUAUGUGAUUUCAUUCAAAAUUUGUUUUAUGUGAAAAUCAAUUCUCAAGUCACAAAUAAAAAUCCUUGCGAAAAGCAUAAUUUGAAUUCAUGA